CCCAGGCACUGUAUUCACUCAAACAGAUUCAGAUUGCACACAACAGCAGGAUACUUGAGAGAGAAAAUGAGUAUGCAUUGCAGUGCUGAAAUGGAGCAGCAAAAACAGACUACAGCUGUAGUACUACCCAAGAGAAAAGUGUCCAACAGUGACACAAAUGUGUCCCAGAGAACCUAUCGCCUACAAGUCAACAACACAUUAAGUGCUGUUUAUGUUGUUGGGACCAAGCUGAAGAUCAACCUGGACAGAUGUGCCCCAUUAAAGAGCAAGUUCUUCUCAGUAAAACGCACCCCCAAUGUGCAGUGCCAGGUUUUGUCUCGGGCGCAGGUGGAAACCUCUCUCCUCUCGCCACAGCCGUUCAGCAGAGACACUGUGCUUCUCAUUUCCAUGGAAGCUGCCAGCUUGCAUCACAAUGACAGCAAGUUGUCUGUGAGGUUCUAUGGGGAGAAGUCGGAGAUUCUUGGAUAUGCCGUGCUACAUCUCACAGCUGUUGAAAUCUCCCUAGAUGUGGACGCAGAUCGAGAUGGUAUUGUUGAGAGGAACAGUCCAAAUAAGGCUUCAUGGAAGUGGGGUCCUGAUGGACACGGUGCCAUUCUGCUGGUCAACUGUGACUCUGAGAGUUCCUACUUGAAGCAAGUGGACAGUGAGGAUGAGGAGCUUACUAAAGUCUCAGAUUUGAAGGACAUGUCCAAGAUGAUCUUGCGUACCAACGGCCCAUCUGCGCUCCCAGAAGGCUAUAAACUGUGCCUGCAUAUCUCUCAGGCAGACGCUGAGAAAGUGAGGAUCUUCAGGGCCAAGACCACCAAGCAGACCGAGGCCUCUCUGAAAAAUGUAGUCCUCGGUUUUUUCCGGAAGGACUAUCCUUUAGUGCUGAACAAAAAACAACUGGCUAAUCAAGUCCCCUAUCAAGGUGGCAGGUCGGAGUUAGUGUUCUAUGUGGAGGGCCUUCGUUUCCCAGAUAAGGACUUUGAUGGUCUCCUUACAAUCAGCCUUAGUCUUUUGGAGCCUGUUGCCAAGGGUUUUCCAGAGACCCCAGUUUUCACUGACAAGGUCAUGUUCCGUGUGGCUCCUUGGAUUAUGACACCCAACACCCUAAAACCUUUGGAAGUCUUUGUCUGCAGUACAUCCGAUAACUACGAGUUUCUGAAGGGCAUAAAGCAACUGGUGCAGGAGAGCGGACAUAAAAUCAAGAUAUGCUAUGAGUACAUGAACCGAGGAGAUCGCUGGAUGCAGGACGAGCUUGAGUUUGGCUAUAUUGAUUCUCCACACCAAGGAUUUCCUGUCGUCCUGGAUUCUCCACGAGAUGGAAACCUUAAGGAUUUCCCUUAUGACGUCUUACUGGGUCCAGACUUUGGCUAUGUGACUCGCUAUGCUUCAAACGAAAAGGUGAGCAGCUUGGAUUCAUUUGGAAACCUUGAGGUAAGCCCCCCGGUUACUGUGAAUGGGAAGAACUAUCCACUGGGCCGGAUCAUCAUUGGUGUGGCCUUCCCUACCACGUCGUAUGGCCGCAAUAUGACCAAAGUGGUGCAGGAGUUCCUGUGGGCUCAGAAGGUUCAGGAGCCCAUUGCUGUCUAUUCUGAUUGGCUCAUGGUGGGUCAUGUGGAUGAGUUCAUGACUUUUGUCCCGGCUCCUGACAGAAAGGGAUUCAGAAUGCUGCUGGCCAGCCCUGACGCAGCAUAUAAAGUGUUAAGGACGUUGCAGAAUAACGGACAUGGGAAUCUGAAGCUGUUUCCAGGGAAAGAGGAAGAGGUCAGCAUCGAUGAGCUUUUGAGCAACAGUGGGUUUCAAGAAGAAAACAAUUAUGUCCAGAGAUGUAUUGACUGGAACAGGGACCUACUAAAGCAAGAGCUUGGACUAGAUGAAGAAGACAUCAUCGAUUUACCAGUCCUGUUUAAAGUGAACCCGAAAAUGAACAGAGCUGUGGCCUUUUACCCUGACAUGGUGAACAUGAUCGUACUUGGGAAGAACCUUGGCAUUCCCAAGCCUUUUGGGCCGCAGGUGGAUGGUAAGUGUGCCCUGGAGACUGCGGUGCGCUCUCUGCUUGAGCCUCUUGGUCUGAACUGCAGCUUCAUUGACGACUUUACAUCUUACCACGUGCUCCUGGGCGAAGUGCACUGCGGCUCCAACGUGCUCCGAGAACCUUUCGCUUGUAAAUGGUGGGACCUUGAGCUGUGAGAAAGUUGAGUGCGACAAAUACAGUAGGGUGUGAUAACUUGAGUAAAAUACUGGGAACUGUUUUGGUUUCACUUAUCACAAAUUUUGUGCAUUUCACAAACAUGGUAACAUCAUUUCUCAUUAUAGGUUUGCUCUUCUUUAUGAUGUAUUGACUGCAUAGAACACUGUAGAGUCCAUAUCAAGUCAUUUUUAAUGACUUGAUAUGGACAAGUCAUUUUUCAAGUGUUUUUACUAUUUGAAUGAAAUGCCAUACAAUUUUUAACAAGAAAUUCUGUAAGCUUGAUCUAAAGAAACAUGAAAAUUCUUGUAUGACUAAAUGUGUUCAGUGCUAACAAGUUAAAAACUUGAUUUGACUUUUGAUAAAUUGUGAAAUAAACAGUUCUUGGAGAGGGAACUAGAUGUUUUAACACUACUGCAGACCUGUUGCUUGGAAAAAAAGAAAUUCAUGCAGUUUCUAGAACACUUUUUUCUAACAGUUUAACAAACUCCUCACACUGAAAUUUUAAUAUACAAAGAAACAAAGUUUUUAUCUCCUGUACUAUGAGUCUCACUCUCUGCCAACCACUGUGCGCCUGAGAAGCAAGGGUUUUUACACUUUUGUAUCGCUUACUUUAUUGCCGCCUUAAUAAUGAGAUGAUUUGAAAGAAAAUGCUUUUGUGUUUUACUAAAUGACAAAUAGUGUAACCUAGUACCUUUUACACUACACGAAAUCAAUAAAACCAUUCUAAACAAA